CACGGGUCUCUCCGGCAGCAGAAUAGCCCCAUGUAAUCUGACACUUCAACUUACUGCGCUCCCCGCGAGUAAGUCCGCUCCGCUCCGCUCCCACUGACGCGGAGCCCGUCCUCGGCGAGAGGGGAAGAUAUUAGGACCGAGAGAAGCCGAGCAUUUUACCGAGGACUUUCUCCGCCCGAGACCCCGGAGCAGAAGACAGGACGCGCUGGGCUGUUUCCUCCCCUGGUGUGUGAAUGGGUGGGGGGGUUCUUCGUGGUGACAAAUCAAGGCUUAAAAACAACACAGGAACCAAAAGCUCUGGGCUCUUUCUCUGACUACAAUGCCCUGAGCAGGACAGUGGCUCCCAACGCGCUCGUCUCCCGUCCUAUACUCGCGUGCAGAGCUCUGCAGUUUAAUGGCUGGCAGGUAGAGGCCAGAGAGAGACAAUCAACAUGAACGCGAUCCCGUCGAUGGACAGACACAUACAGCAGACCAAUGACCGCCUGCUGUGUAUCAAACAGCACUUACAAAAUCCAGCAAAUUUCCAAACGGCAGCGACUGAGCUGCUGGACUGGUGCGGCGACCCCCGAGCCUUCCAGCGCCCCUUCGAGCAAAGCCUGAUGGGUUGCUUAACGGUGGUCAGCCGUGUAGCAGCACAACAGGGCUUCGACUUGGACCUCGGCUACCGGCUCCUGGCCGUGUGCGCUGCCAACAGGGACAAGUUCACUCCAAAAUCAGCAGCUCUUCUGUCCUCGUGGUGCGAGGAGCUGGGACGUCUACUCCUCCUCCGUCACCAGAAGAACAGGCAGAACGAGCCUCCAGGAAAAGUCUCCAUGCAGCCCCCCAUGAGCUCCAUGAAGCCCGGCCUCUCGCACGGCAGAGAUGGGUCUUUCCCCUACGACUCAGUUCCCUGGCAACAGAACACCAACCAGCCUCCAGGUUCGGUGUCCGUGGUGACCACGGUCUGGGGCGUGACCAACACUUCGCAGAGCCAGGUGUUGGGGAAUCAUAUGGGCAACAAUAACAAUCCCAUGAACCCCGGGGGUAACCCUAUGGCCUCCAGCAUGCCUGGUAACAAUCCGGGUAUGAACUCUGCUCAGUUUCCCGGUCCGCAGCAGCAGUUCCCCAACAAGGCCAGCUCCCAGCAGGGCUACAUGCAGCAGGGGAUGUACGGACGGCCCAACUACCCCGGAGGAGGCGGCUUUGGUGGCAGUUACCCUGGCGGGCCGAACGCUGGACCUGGUGGGAUGGGCAUCCCUCCGCACUCCCGGCCCCCCUCAGACUUUACCCAGCCCGCCGCCGCGGCUGCAGCCGCCGCCGUCGCAGCAGCUGCGGCCACGGCAACGGCCACCGCCACGGCAACUGUGGCUGCUCUGCAGGAAACCCAGAACAAGGAGAUGAACCAGUACGGACCGAUGAGUUCCUCUUUCCAGAUGGGACCAAACCAGGCGUACAACAGCCAGUUCAUGAACCAGCCGGGACCCCGUGGCCCUCCGUCGCUCCCUGGAAACAUGGGCACAGGCAUGAAUACCUCCAACAUGAGCGGCCCCCCGAUGGGGAUGAACCAACCCAGGAGUCAGGGCAUGGGGCCCUUUGCCGCCCACGGCCAGAGGAUGCCCCAGCAAGGCUACGCAGGGCCUCGGCCUCAGGGCAUGGGUAUGCAGGGCUUGAAAAGACCGUACCCAGGGGAGCCAAACUACGUUGGGCAGCAGUAUGGACCAAACAGCCAGUUCCCCAGCCAGCAGGGGCAGUACCCCACACCCAAUCCCUCCAGGCCACUGCCUUCCCCCAACUACCCCGCCCAGAGGAUGCCAGGACAGCAGAUGCAGGGCCAGUACCCCCCCCCCAGCGGCCCCAUGGGCCAGUACUAUAAGCAAGAGCCACCUUUCAAUGGCCAAACAAAUAACUUCUCUGGAAGUGGAUAUCAGUACAGCCAGGGUAAUAUGAACGGGCCUCCAAGACCAGUGGGUAACUACCCUCACUCCCCAGUGCCGGGCAACCCCACCCCUCCGAUGACCCCAGGAAGUAACAUCCCUCCAUACCUUUCGCCAAACCAGGAUGUGAAGCCCCCCUUCCCUCCUGACAUCAAACCAAAUAUCACAGCUCUCCCUCCCCCUCCAGCCAACCACAACGAGGAAUUGCGUCUCACAUUCCCAGUAAGGGACGGCGUGGUCCUGGAGCCCUUCAGACUCGAGCAUAACCUGGCCGUCAGCAACCACGUCUUCCACCUACGGCCCUCUGUGCACCAGACGCUCAUGUGGAGAUCGGACCUGGAACUGCAGUUUAAGUGCUACCAUCACGAGGACCGUCAGAUGAACACCAACUGGCCGGCAUCAGUUCAAGUCAGCGUCAACGCCACACCGCUCACCAUCGAGCGGGGCGACAACAAGACCUCCCACAAACCCCUGCACCUGAAACACGUAUGCCAGCCGGGAAGGAACACAAUCCAGAUCACAGUCACAGCCUGCUGCUGUGUGAGUAUGCGAGGCCAUGGAGCAAAUCAUUCGCACUUGUUUGUACUGCAGCUGGUCCACAGACCGUCGGUUCGCUCCGUCCUGCAGGGCCUCCUGAAGAAACGGUUACUUCCUGCAGAGCACUGCAUCACCAAAGUUAAGAGAAACUUCAGCAAUGUAGCGGCGUCGUCGGGCAGCGCCUCGCUCAAUGGAGAGGACGGUGUGGAGCAGACGGCCAUCAAGGUUUCCCUCAAGUGUCCAAUCACCUUCCGACGAAUACAGCUGCCAGCGAGAGGGCACGACUGCAAACAUGUUCAGUGUUUUGAUUUGGAGUCGUAUUUACAACUGAACUGUGAGCGGGGAACAUGGCGAUGUCCUGUAUGCAAUAAAACAGCGUUGUUAGAAGGACUUGAAGUGGACCAGUACAUGUGGGGGAUUCUGAAUGCCAUUCAAAACUCUGAGUUUGAGGAGGUCACAAUUGACCCGACGUGUAGUUGGCGGCCGGUGGCUAUCAAAUCUGACAUCCACAUCAAGGAGGAUCCAGACGGACCGCUGGCAAAAAGGUUUAAGACGAUGAGUCCCAGCCAGAUGAUCAUGCCCAACGUGCUGGAGAUGAUCGCUCAGCUCGGCCCCGGGCCGUCGCCGUACCCGUCAAUGCCUUCGGGGCAGGGUGGCAACAACGGUGAAUACAACAGCCAAGGCAACAGUUACCAAGGACACGGGAACUUUGACUUCCCACACGGCGCCCCGGGUGGUACAUCGAUGAAUGACUUCAUGCACGGUCCGCAGCUCUCACACCCGCCCGACAUGCCCAACAGCCUGAUGACGCAAGACAAGCCUCUGUCCCACAACAUGCCCGACUCAAUACCUCAUCCUGGUGACCAGUCACACGGUCCAAUGCAGCACAGCUUACACGCGUUGCCACACCCCGUGAGCCAAUCGGGGCAGCAGCUCCACCACAGCGGGCCUCCUCAGCCGUUGCGGCAAGCUCUGCCCCCUCAGCAGCAACAGCAGCAGCAGCAGCAGCAACCGCUGCAGCCCGGCCCCAACAACCACCCCCCCAGCGACCUGGCCUUCAACCCCUCCAGCGCUUUGGACGGCCAGGGGGGGUCGGACAUGCCGGAGCCAUCUUUAGAUCUUCUUCCUGAGCUCGCUAACCCAGAUGAACUGUUGUCGUACCUGGACCCCCCAGACCUCCCCAGCAAUAGCAACGAUGACCUCCUAUCGCUCUUCGAAAACAACUGAGGCUUUUUCAGACACACACGGACUCCUCUGACCGCCUCCCUCCAGCUUCCCUAAGAACACCCAGGGGGUCGCUCAGUACUUGAUAAACACAAAGAUGCACUCCCUUUCUCUUCUUCCUCUUGUAGAGUUUUCAUUCGCCAGCGCAGAUUGACUGAAAAAGGUUCAAACUCAAAAGACGCUGCGGAUCCCCCCAGUGGUGACACCUUUGACUGUGCAGCUAUACUCAGUUGAUUUUUUUACGCCACACACACAUGUAUGUGUGCUCGUUAGGAACAUGUUGUAGCAUUUUUUUAUUCAUGUUUUAUUUCCUUUUUGGGAGGGGGGGAAACAAACAAAAAAAAAAAGGAAUUCACUGUAUAAAACAGAAAAAUAACCGAAAAAGAAAAAACCAGCGCUAUCUGGCCAGUGUGUGUUCUGUUUAAGCAGUCCGAGACGCCACAGCUUCCCGGGGCCGCAAGCUCGUCUCUCCGACGGGUUAGUCCGGUUAGUCGCACUGUUUUUGUCCACCACACGUCUUUUAAAAGCACAAGAGAUUCCGGCGAUGCAAAAAUACAAAAAAAAUCAGUCUUUACAAAAAGGAACAAAAUCAGGUAGAUCACUACGUCUGUCUUUGACUAAGUGUUUUCUAGAAGUCUUUUUGUUCUGUUGCUGACAUUUUAGAGAGAUGUUUUGGACUGAUUGGCUUCCACUUUGUCUACAUGCAUAUAUGCUGUUGUACCUCCGUUUAGUUCUGUGAGGGUAGGCAGUUGAGACGAGAUGGAUUUUUGCCCCAAUACAACAACAAAAGUUUAUAUUGCGGAUCUGUACCUCUAGAUGUUGUAUAGUCAUCGUCCUCCUGUACAGAGGAGUGAUUUUAAUGGAGAUAAUGGUACACUUUGGACAAAUCAUGGUUCCCGUGACGACCUUGUUGCGUUUAUUGCUUCCAUCCACAACUCCUUCCGUCUACGGUGCAUGAGCCCUGUUGUACGCCUUUUUUUGCAAAGCUGCAUCUCUCUCCCUGUUAAACGAUGUGCUGUUUCGGUAGUCUGCAAUGUGCAUGUGUGCCAAGCCCAUGUCCAGUGCUGUCCCAAGUGGUGAAAAAAAAAAAAAACAAUUUAAUUUUUAAUCAGUUGCUGUUUCUACAGGUCUUUUUGUUUCUUUUGUUUCUGUCAGAUUUAGCAUGAUUUUAUUUAAUACUAACGUGGAAGGGAUAUGAUUCAUAUCAGCGGGACAUUAUUAAUGUAUCUGCUGCUCAUUCUGUGUCAACCUUUAUUUGAUUUGGUUUUUUUGUUCGUUUGUUUUGCUGCAUUAUUAAACUUUCCUUAAAUCCUUUGAGAAACUGCUCAACAUCACCAAAGCGAGAGGGAUGAGAAUGGACAUGCUUGUUUGAGUGUGAGUGUGUGACUGUGUGCAGUGUGUGUGUGUGUGUGUGUGUGUGUGUGUGUGUUUCUACAGGAGCGACAGGAGGUGAUGGCGGGACACAGUUUAUCCAUCACUGCUAUUUAAGAAGUGAUUUUCGAAGCAGUAUUGGUGCAAACUUUUUGCCGCUUUUGUUUUCAGCUUCACUCUCUGAGAUCAGUGCUGUUCAGUAUGCAAAUGUAUUAUUUUUUAUGAAAUGCUAUUGUACUGUAAAUACCUUUUUGUGAAUAUUUUUGUAUCAUCUCGAUAAUGUUUUAUCCUUUGAUCACUCGUCGUCCGCACCCAACCACGCGCGCUCCCUCCUCUCCCUGGGAUAAGCCAGGUCAAAGAUCCGCCGCGUUGUCCUCGUCUCUCUGUCUCUGUCCCCCUUCGCCUUCGUCGGCUGAAGUCGGCUGAAGUCGCAUCACUUCAGCUCUCCAGAUAUCAGACUAAGUUUGAAGCAUUGCGCUCUCUCGUGCUAAGACGCGUCGAUUGAAAACGAUGAUGGUUGUCUGCUUGGGAAUGAACAUCGUAUCAGUGAUGCUGAGCAGCAGUGGUUUUAUAAAGAUGUGGCAUCAGCUGGCUUUCAGUGUAAUUAUUGAGCUAUGUGAAUAUCAUAAUUGUUGCUACUUGUCAAUACACGGUGGUAUUUUAAAGAUAUAUCACAACCAUAUUUUAAAGAAAUCCAUGAUAUUGUUUAUAUUUUUGUUAUAGAAAAUGUGGCUUUUUUAAAAGCAUGAGACCAUAUACAUUUUUAUCCCCUUUUUGUUUUUGGUAAAUUAUUUUCUACUGGUUUUCGUAAUAAUCUGUAAGGCUAGAAAUCCAAUUUCUUUCAACUGUAGCAUUGUGCUGAAUUAACCGCCCCCGAUGUUACGUCUAACUUCUUCUUUUCAAUGUCAUGUACUAGGACUAUUGUUUGUUCCCGCUCAGAGCACUGACAUGUUUCAUAUCUAGGUCACAAGGAGGCAUCCGAUCGCUCCACAGCCCACUGCCACAUUUUAAUUGUUUCUAUCCGACUUGAGACUCCAGAUCAGUCGCGGUCGUUCUUUCAUAGUCUGUCCUUGCUUUCAAGUGAGCCCGUUCAGCAUUUAAGAUGGCACCCCAGAUCUGUAGUUGCACAAUCACAACAAAGGGCCAUUUCUUUAGGGGAUGUUGUUAAAAAAAAGGAAAAAAAAAAAGAAAAAAAAUAUUUAAAAAAAAAAAAAAGAAGAAAAUAACAUUUAAAAAAAAAAAAAAAACACAGAGAGGGUGGGCACGUUCAUCAGUCCAGCCUGGACGGUAUGUCCAGUCAAACGUCCCAAGGAUGCCUGUAUAUAUGUAAAUUAAUAUAGAGACAUGUGAACAGAAAUGUAUUCAUUUUCCCUGGGAAUGUGCAUUGUUUCUUCAGAAUAAUAAUUUUAAAAAAAGAAAAAAAAAAAAAAAAAAAAAAAGCUUGCAACCCCUCUACUGGAAGUGGCUGAAUAUGGAAAAUGAAACAUGUUAGUUAGUGUCUGUGGGUUUCUCUCGGCAUUUUGUUCCCUCCCUCUGUAAUAUACUUUCACCUCUUUUGUUAGGGGAACUGGGACAGCUAUGUUUUACAUGUACUAUUUAGCCUACGUGUUCUAGUCUCACCGGCAUAUGCGGAGGUGCUAAAGCUAAAAAAAAAAAAAAAAAAAAGGAAGGAAGGAAGGAGGAAAAAAAAACAAGGUUACAUUGAAAAUUGCUUGGGAGUUGAGGAGGAAUGAUGGCGGGAGGGACAGGUCCAGAAGAUUGUAACCAAAUCCAUAGUUUGUACAAUUUUUGAUAUCAUGAACCGUUGGCAAAGUGAUAACAAUCUAAGGUGAUUCAUGCAAUGUGGCCAUUGUCUCUAUGUUUGUACAUUGUAUGUACAAUCAUUUCAUACUCUAAACUGGUCAGAAAAUAAAGGAACUAAUUGUGAUUUUUAGUCUUGCAGAACUGUAUGUAGGUAGAUGAUGUGACAACCUAAUAUUUAUCUAAUAAAUAUGUAUUCAGAUGAUACCUGGAUUUCACUGAA